GAGAGAGAGAGAGAAACAAAGGUCAAAGCGAAGCAGUUGUGUAUAUGAGAGAGGAGUACUGGCUAGCUAGCUAGAAUGCCCUAUAGCUAUAGGAGGAAGAAUUAAUAGGGGUAAUGAUUUUGAUAAGUAGUAAAAGAUCAGAAAGCAAGCCCGCCCUUCUUAGAAGCUCUCGUGAUAGUUGUGAGACACAGUAAAUUCAUUUCAUUUCGAUCACUGUUUUUUUCUUUUUGGUUUUUUGAUAGAGCAGUAAGAAAAUAUUAAAUGGGGUUGACAGAGAGAGUGCAGUGCAAGGCAAAAGAGAGAGAGUGCAGGCGGACCAGCAGCAAGAGGUAUUAUCAGACUCUUUAAGGAAUUUGCAGACCUUCUCAGCUCCGUCUUAUCCUUUUCUCGUGAUCUCUCUCCCUCUCUCUUGUUUCUCUCUCUCCUCAUCAGAUUCUUCCUUCUCCUCCUCUUCUCUCUUCUUCUCUUUCCUUCUCCUCUUUUUAAGGCUGUGCUUCUAUUGCUAGCUGCCACAGACCUAGAUACACCCUUCCAACCGGUUUGAGCUAGAGUUUAAAGUCAUUGAGAGGUUUUAUCUGAAAAAAGGAGCAAGUACUAUCAACCAAACCCAAGAGCUAGACAGAUCAGAACAAAUUAUAGGACUUUUUUUUCAGAAGAAGCUUGGGGAAGACUCAGGUGGUGAAAAAGGUUGGAUUUUGCUCUAUCUGGGUUUGUUUUGAACUUUCUCAAGGAAACAAAAAUGAGUACUAGUAGCAGCUGUGGAAGAAAUGGUGCUGUUAGGCCUUAUAUAAGAUCCAAGGUGCCUCGUCUGAGGUGGACUCCUGAGCUUCAUCACUGCUUUGUUCAAGCCAUCGAGAGGCUUGGAGGCCAUAAAAAGGCUACACCAAAGCUUGUUCUUCAAAUCAUGGAUGUCAAAGGACUCACCAUUUCUCAUGUCAAAAGCCAUCUCCAGAUGUUUAGAAGCAUGAGGGGUGGUGACCUUAGUAGAGCACCAGAUGAGAGUUUAACACAUCAAAGAAAGCAAAGUUUUGAAGAGCAUAGUGAUGGAUGUCUUGAUCAUGAAGUAAAUGUUAUGGGGUUUCUCUCGGCUUCAAAACCCAUCCCGGAAUCAGAUCCUCAGGUAAUCUACAGUGUUCCCCGCCGGUCAAAACCCAUCACAGAAUCAGAUCCUCAGGCCAUCUACACUGAUCCCAGCCAUUCAAAAAGAGCUAGAAUCGAGACGACGAGCUGUUCAAUCUCAGAGAGGCAGCAGCAAUGGAGCCAAACAACACAUGAAACGGCACCGUACUCUUAUGAUCAUUAUGGCCUGGUGCUGGCAAACGGUGUGUCUCUGUCACAGCCGCAGCAUUAUCUUUACAACUUCAACAACCCCUUCCUCAAAUCUGCAUUUCAAGAAUCUGACUUCUUCAAGAUUGAUGAAAAGCAUGAAGCGAAACUGCAUAAACAGGAGAAUACAGGAAGAGCACACAAAGAAGGUGGUGACUGUCAGUUAUCCUUGUCUCUCUCGUUACAUCAUCCCUCUUCUAACACGAGCAUUGCUUCUUCAAGUGAAGAUAUUGGUGGUGCAAUAUCAGGAUUCAACUAUAAAGAUUGUUCCACCUUUUCUUCGGCAAAUCGUGGUGUCGAUUUGAAUCUUUCCAUUGCCCUCUGUGGUAACUGAUGUCAGCUGUAAAAAAAAAAAAAAAUUCAUCUGAUUUAGCCUAGUAGAUUUGAGUCGAAGGGAUUUAGGACUUUCGGUUAAUUUUGGGCUAGUUCCUCGAGUGGAGUUCUUCAUGGGAUUUAGUAAGGUUUAGCUUUUAGUUACUGAAAUCCCACUUUUGAUUCUAAAGGGGUAGUUUUCUGUGUUAAAAACCUCUUAGUAUUCUAAUAUGAUACCGGACCUUUUACCCUUC